AAGAAAGAAGUAGCAAAGAAGUCUGGAUCUGGAGAACUACCUGGAAUGACAGAAAGAGGCAACAUACUAGCAGAAGUAUUUGAAUAUGUGUUCAUACAAGGAGCAAACAUCCCAUGGGGAAGGGUGGAUAACACUCUGAAAAUUACAACAGGCGUGGCAGGAGGCAGAGGGCGAGUAAUGCUUGUGAAACAGUCAGAGAAGGAGGCAGAUCAUGAAGGGGGUGACGGGUGAGAAGAGCCAAAGGAGAAGCAUGAGGGGGCAAUUUUUCUCUUUCAUGAUCACUCUCCUCUUUCUGGGGAGCCUGCUGACCUUUCUUAUGUUGUACAUGCUGGACAAGAAAUAUAUGACGUUUCGCAGACACCUGCCCAAAAUGAAAAUUGUGCCUCGGUCCACUAAUUCCUGCAAAAACUGCGGAGAGAGUAUAAAGAAAGCCAUAGAGAUCUCCUACAAAACCUGGAAAAAACAAGAGGACAAUUUUCGACAUUUUAGGUUUCAGCUCAGCAGCCGAUGCCACGGCUUUGAUAAGGCCAUCAUUACCCAAACAAACACUCCACUGGGAUCGAAGCUUGUUUAUGAUGGUGAAAAGAAGAGGACCCUCCAAGUGAAGCCAGAAAUCUUCAACACCUUCCCAAAAGGGGAUCCUUUCUCAAAUACAAGAAGGUCCACAUGUGCUGUUGUUGGAAACGGUGGAAUCCUGACAAACAGCAAAUGUGGAAAAAUGAUUGAUUCAGCUGAGUUUGUCAUCAGGUGCAACUUACCUCCUGUUUCAAACGGAUAUGAGAAACAUGUGGGUAGCAAGACGAACCUUGUGACCAUAAACCCGAGCAUCCUCUUAGAUAAGUAUGGGUCUCUAAUGGAACGUCGGCGUCCAUUAAUGGAGAAGUUAUGUAGCUACGGUGACUCUAUGCUGCUUCUUCCCGCCUUCUCCUAUGGUGUGAACACCCUUGUGUCUCUGCGGGCUUUCUACACCGUUGAGGACUUUCAAAGCCCUAUUCGGCCUGUCUUCCUCAACCCACAGUACCUUGAAAGUCUGGCCCUCUUCUGGGACUCUCAGGGCGUGAAGGCAGUGCGUCUCAGCACUGGCAUUAUGAUGACAAGUCUGGCACUGGAACUUUGUAACAAUGUGCAUCUGUAUGGAUUCUGGCCCUUCAGUGUUCACCCACACAGCUUCCAAGACCUGACCAACCAUUAUUAUGAUGAUAAACCAGCUAAACAGAAUGUCCAUGCCAUGCCAACUGAGUUCAGCCUUUUGCUGCAACUGCACACCCAAGGUGUGCUACAGCUACACUUGGGGGACUGUGAACCAGAUUAUUAUUAGUCACAAAAAAUGAUCAAGCUGGCAAGGAACCUAAUCUUCUUUUAAAUAAAACUUCUUUGUGAUGGGGUAGACCCACUCUAAACAUGAGCUUUUUGCAAUGUGCUUGCAAUUACUUUACCAUGACACAGUUUAGUCUCUUUAAGAUGGGAAACCCGUGGUUUAUUGUUAUAUUGUUAGGCUUUAUUACAGUGACGAAAAGAAAUCCACCAGUGUGAUACAUUUCCCACGUAAAUUCAUGCCUUAAGUAGUUGUAGGUUACACAAAGAAUGCUAUCAUAAUAUUUUUGUACAUUCCAAACCCUUGUGAGAGCCAUUAUCCACAAAUGGAGAAAACCGAGGUAGACCUUAGCGGCUGGUCAACCAAAAUUACUCCAAGAGUGCAUCAACGACCCAUCGAAGAGGUCAUAACAGAACCCAGAACAGGUUAAACUAAAUCUCACCUUGUCCAUAUUUUACCAUUGGUUUAACGGGUCUCUAACAGAUCCAGAACCUGAAUCCUUUUUUUUUUUUACUUACCACAUGUUAAUACAAGUAUAAAUGCCACAACUACUAUGUCUUGUCAUAACCAGUUAGAUUAUAAACCAGAGUGUGAAGCAAACUUAGUUUGGAGACAGACAUACACCUAUAGUGGUGCUGAGGGUAAAAGGGGAUUUGUUUCUAUAAGAAAAACAUAUUUUUUGUUGAUUUUACUAAUUACUCCACUAGCUGUAAUAUUUCAAAUAGUUUACUGGUAUUUAUUUUCCUUUUUCCAAUGGUAAUGAGCUCAAACGUUACAUUUGUUUUUUAAGUGUUUGUUGUGGUGGAAUAAAUCAAACCUCUUUGGGAGAAAAUAAAGCAAACAUAGAUAUUUUAAACAAUUUUUUGUGUCUACUGUCACUAGAGAGGGAAGAAACCUUGCAUGUAUCUACCAAAGUCAAGAAGGUUUGACAGAGUGAAGGCUCCGCUAAAGGAGAGAGGUUCAGUUUUGUGCUUAUCUUGAUAACAAAGAGCCUUAAAAAUACUUUUUACUGGAACUUUAUAAACAAUUUUUACAAGCUACAGAUCACUAUUAUCUCGGAAUUUCAGGGCAACAUUCAAAGGCUUUAUUUUUUGACAAAAGAUGCAACAAGCUGUAAAAAGGUAUUUUUUUCUUCUCACCCCAAUACCAGUAGGUGGUGCUGUCUACUGAUCAAAGAGGUGGUCUGAAAUAGAGAGCAUGAAAGAGACCUAACAACAAAGGCUGAAACUGAAUCUAAAAAUUGUUCAACUAAGUAUUAGUUGAAGGGUAUGCACGAUUAAGCAAGCAACAUGUUGCAUUUUCAUUUAUUUUUUUUAUUUUUCCCCCAUAACAGAUUUGUAUUUCACUUGAAUUGUACAGGAUAUAUAUGACAGUUACGGUGGAAAAAGUUUUGAAAUGAUUGAUUAUGCUUUCAAUUCUUUUAGUUUAAAAAACCUGGAAUUUUAACAGAGGUGUGUACUUUUUGU